AUGUCUAUUGCCGCAUCUCCACCUCAAACUACCGACCUGCAUGAUACCUCGAGUGAGGCUGUGGAUGACGAGAUCGCUCGAGUGCGAGCUGAAAAUUCUGUUGACAAACUAUCUACAGUCCAGGCUCUCACUCAGCGCCGCAUUUUACUUUCAUCAUCGCUUUUGUCCUCAACCAGGGUCCAAGCACGGCUUCUCGAGCGUCAAGCAAACCCAUCAAGAGCUGAAGUCAUCCAGGAUGAUCUCCCGCUUUUAUUGACGUCCUCAAAUCAAAUUGGCGAAUCGAAUACUCAUCGUCUUGCUCUGGGAGUGACUGCAUUCCCGUUCACGGACCCGAGUCCUGAGUGCCAAUCUUUCAAUCCUCUUCUAGGGAUUCGCUUCGAUGUGUGUGAUCGAACCGGUCGCUUUCCAAAACAGUAUCAUAUAUUUUGCCGACGAGCUUCUCCUUCCAGCCAGGAAUUGCGUAUUCAUCGACACACGAUCCCCUCACUCGUUCCGCUCUCCGACUAUGAAAACCAGUACCUUCAACUAACCGAUGAGGGUUAUGAAGGAUCUGAUGAUUCAUGCCUUUCGAAUAACGAUCAUCCGAAAACCCAGGAUCUGCACGCUUUAGUAGCGCGCGUGCGAAAGGACCUAGUGUCGUGGAGGUUGAGAUUUGAUGCAAUUGACUUCUUGCGAGAGUGCUUGGACCUCCCUCCACCCAAAUCCAGGAGUGGCACUGGGCUAGGUGAUGAAAUCGACGACGAAGACGAAAACAUGUCCGACGACGAAUUCGAAUCGUGGGGCAAGUACGGUGUACGGCAACUCGAAAUAUGCAGUCCAGAUGCAUCUCAAGCUCGGAUCUUGUGGUCUGAUGACAGAGUAGGAAGGAUCAAACUCUCUUCAGAGGGCAACAUUGUGAAAGCUGCGGUGGUUGCUGGCGGUACCCGGUUGGUGGACCAAGAGAGAAUCCUUUCUUCUGGCUCAACCACAAUCUAUAGCUUCCACCAGACGCUGGAGAGACUGCACCAGACAUUGCAGCAGAGGCAAUGA